GCCACGUGAAUUCGAAAGGUCGAUUAAAUUCAGCGAGGAGGAAGUCAAGCUCAUAAAUGAGUACAGCAAAGAGCUGGAGAGGCGCGUCUACGAAAGAAGCCAUCGGCGACGCAACGCAGCACUCAUUGCAGCAGACAAACGCAAGCAGAGACGCCAUCAGUUAAGAUUUGAACAAAGUCAACAACGGACUACAUGUCCCAUAGUGAAGAUAAAGAAUAAGAGAGUAGAGGACUUGUUCUGCACACAUACUUGUAGAGGUAGUUGGCGCUUGCUCUAAACCAGGCCCAAGGCCAUGAUACAACAGAAGAGGAUGAAUAUCCUGUCUCGAAUUGCGCUGAGCGAUAUAAUGGAAACAAUCAUGGUGGAGGGGAAGGAGGAGGAAAUGCAGGACAAGUUAGUGACAACGGAGGUGAACAAGGACCACCGCCUUCAACAUCCUUUGCAGAACAAGAAGUAGUAGGUAGUACUCGUUUAAAGAACUGGACGCCAGCCUAUUCGCCGUCAAUGAUGCCCUUGAAGCGGAUCACGGUGAUGGACCAGUGGUCCCUGAGUGCUGGAGAGCAAGCAAUAAGCGCACGCGCAACAAUUGUGACUAUUUAAGGGGAGGAAUUUCUUUGUUACUUUCACCGUGGGGCUCGUUGAGAAGGAUCGACAACCUAACCUAACCUAACCACCGAUGAUGUAAUGUUGUUGGAAUACGUUUUUACUAGGAAGCGCAGUGGCAAUCUAAGUAAACACACUUGCAUGUAGGUGAAGUUGACGCUCAGGUUGCUUGGUGAUGGCAAUAUUCUGCUUUCCUUUUGACUGUUACUGAAGCUGAAGUUCGAGUACUAUCCGUUUCCUUUUUUAUUAUCUCUAAGCCAGCAACCGCCAUACCGGGGAAGAAGUGGCAGCGCGAAAGCCAGCCGACUGGCACUAUUUCCGACCGAAAGUUGCGACGGUUUAUCAAGUAAGACCAAAAAGAUCUGCUGCUCGAGGAAGGGAUGCAGAUGGUCCUAGUACUUACGGCUCCAAGGCAGCUUGUUAAUAUUCUAGUAUUUUUAGCCUUAGCUUGAGGAUUUCUUUUUCUAGAAGCCGAUUAGCAAUUGCUCAAGGCUUAACCUUGUUCGUAAUCGUUGAAUAUGAGAUAGAGGUUUCGAAUUCGUUCGCGUCUAAGAAUAGCCCCGAGGCAGAGUUGCCCUUGCUGCAGAACUGAAUGACGGUGAAUACGGUGCAAAUCAGGACGACAAUCGUGACGGUCCAACUACUGCGCAGCAGGAACCCCAAACUCAUGCUCUUUACUCCAAUAACGGAGCAGCACUGGAGCCGGGCGAAGAAUUAGAUCAUAAUCUUCCUGGUGACGACCACGAUGAAGCACGAAUAGCAGCACUAGCACCCACUUUGGCUGCUCACCCACCACCUUCAACUAUGCCAACAACAGAACUCUACCGCCCAUCCACGGUACUGCCAGGAGCAUCAGGUGGGUCUUCUCUAGCCCAGACGAAGCGUUAUCUCGUCAAAUUACCUGCCCAUUUCUCCUCAAAGGACCUUGCUCCGGAGUUUCAACAAGGAUUGCCAUUUUAUCGAGAACCACACAUGGAGAGGGGGUUGCAAUUGCUCAACCGUGGAGGGAUUAGUUUGAAAGGAGACAUCCUGUGGGGUCGAGUAGUGCCUGGAGAACCAGACGAAGAUCCAGCUUUGCGCCAUCACACGGGAACGCAUGAAGCACUGAAUACGGAUUCGAAGUUAUGAGCGGAGAUAUUUCCUUCUGGUUCUAAAGAUACUAACAGAAGAGCUAACUCUGUCCUACUCCCAGUGUACAUAGAAAUAGCUAAUGAUUCUGUUCAUUCUGAUUCUAAUCUCAGCAGCCUCUCGCCGUCGCCAUUUCCUCAAGAUGCCCAUUGCUCCCAACGUCUAUCGCUAUGUCCCGCUUGCAGUCCUGAGGCCCCUCCUGCCCCUCUCCGCGAUGGAGGCUUCGAUGACACAACACUACAGUGAGGAGGAUCUGAAGAUGAAUCAUCCACUACAAGGAGACUCCACCCCAGCUGGCGCGCGGUUAGCGCAUGAGCCCUUGAUGGGUCCUGGUCAGAGGGACGACUACGGUCUAAACGAUUUGAUCCAUGAUGUGGAUGUGACCUUGCCAAAACUAGGCAACGACAUGGAAAAGAACCUGCAAGGCGUGCUACGGCAAGCGCCAGAGUACAGAGAUCUAGUCGAGAAUGCACAGGCAAGGGCAAGGAGACUGAGGAGCUUGAUUUAUGAAGAUGAAUUUCGUUCACGUAGUCGUGAUUCAGUUUUUCGGAACAAGCGUUAAUGUUAUAGUGUGCGUCACCGUCAAUCUAUUUCGUCCCUUUCCAGAACCCACCUUCACGAUAUGCACAAUAGUUGUAUCAAGUACGUGUACGGUUUCGGUUACUGACAUAGACAUAUAAUUAUGAUUCCCUCCUCGUCUUCUAAAAACCGCAAGACUACCAAGAAAGCUAUGCCAAAGAUGCAGCGGACGCCAUUGCUUUGGCUCUAUCAGAAUUCUCCUGCGCGGAGAGGAAUGAGCAGAUUCAGGAUGAGCUCAACGAGCACUUCUCCCAUGGUUGGCACGAGGAGGAUAUGUUGAGUGGGAAUGAAGAGGCAGAAUCCUUUUCUCAGUUGGAGGAGGAAAGACGCGGAGGUAUGCUUGGAAAUCAUAAUGAUGACGAGGGGCGGAAGGAGGAGAAGGAGGAGGAUGGCCAUGCGGUUGCAUCCUCCAGCAGUUCUAGUACUACCACGUCGUCAUCACCAUCAUCGUCAACAUCUUCUGCCCCUCAUGACUACGACUAUGACGCGAGUGGCGAACUUGGGGCCGCAGCACCAGUCGCCGCCGAGAGUCCCCUAAUACCCAGCGCUACCUCCUUCUUACAGGCUGAGCAAAAGGACAAAGAGCAAGAUGCAACUUCCAGCAGAACAAAAACCACAUCAUCAGAGUCUCCCUCUACUCCCUUCACAUCCCUGUUCGCAAAUGUGCCAAAAUUGCUGACGACACUCAAAGAUUACCCUGAACUGGUCAAUGUGCUUCUUGGCCGUGCAACGGUCACCGUGCCAGGUAAUGUACAGAGUCUAGGGUUAGACCUGUUUGGAGCCUUGUCGAACAGUGACCACUCUAGUGAGGAUGAUGAUCAAGAUGUGGGACCCAUCUCAAGUAGUCUUAUCGAAGAACGCAGGGAAAAACGUAGACAGCGAUUUGGAGCUCGAAACAGUGGAAGAAGGAGAAGAUCUAGUAGAAUUAAGGCUCAACUUUCAUUGGUCAUAAGUCAGCUUGGUCACUGAGAUCGAAGAGGAGACCCCGCCUGGAGAGAACGGGGGAAAAUUAAGGGGAAACUUUUCCAACCUUGUGUGAUAAAAGUGAGCAAAUUAAGGGGAGACCUUUGAACUUGAAGGUGGUCCUCUCUUCCGUUCAGAAUCAGUGACCACUGACUGCUGACCUUUAAUAGAAGGAGUCGACAAAAAGUAAAACGACGCGACUCUUCGACUUCUACUACUGCGUCUGACCUGAGUAGUGCAACGUCCUCUAGCGGGGGAUCUAGUUCUGAUAGUGCUGACGAGGAUGAAAUAACGAAGUUGGAGGGGCUGGACAAUGGAGUUCAGAGCUCCAGCAGUGUCCUCGAAGUUGGAAACAGACAUAAACAUCAAACUCAACACAGGUCUACCAAAAAAGCAUCUUCUUCAACCUCCACAACGCCUACAACUCAACACAGGUCGACCGCUACUUCAGCCGCCUCCAGUACAACUAGUACUAUAGAUGCUAAAGGAGCGUCUCCAGCCAAAGCCUCUCUCAGAAAACUCUACGAUCAGUGGGGCCGACUCUGUGUCGCAGAUAAUGAACGGCACAACCGACACCAUCAUGAUCAUCAUAGGCACAGUAAGACUAAGCGAAACCCCAGUUCUUGUCUCUACCUUCCUCCAGUCGGCUUCCGUCGUGUGCCACAAUGCGUCUCAAACACCGUGUCGGACCCUGAGGUCUUCCAACUAGACAAGGUCUGGAAUCUUAGACUUUUGUCCAAUCACCAAACGUAUUCCCAAGAGCGGGCAUUGGAUGAUCUAGGGACGCAAAAAAGCCUGUUGGAGACGGAUUUGCGAAGACUGCUGGUUAUUAUGAAAGGACUAAGUUUUUUAUAAGUAUAAGUACUAGAGCAACUGGUGGAACUGCACCAACAAGUACAAGAGAAUUUGGACUUGGUCUACUAGAAUUUUUGGUUUGUGUUUGACACGAUCAUCGAGUAUGAGAUACUAGAAUAUAAGGAAAAGUAUCUACAUGGUGUAAGAAUAAAAGCUCUAACAUCUGAAUCAAAAAGUCCUCAGCAACGAAUUCCGACAAGCAGGAGAAGGGACGCCCCGUUUGGUCUGACCUCUUUGAGGACAGGUUGAGAGAGGCAUACAUGUCGCUUCGUCGAAAAGGAUGGCAAGAUUAAGGCUCAACUUUCAUUGGUCACCAUUUAGGUUGGAAUCACUGAGAUCGAAGAGGGGCCCCCUUGAGAGAACACCAGGGGAAAACGAAGGGAAAUCAAAGGGAGAGGCGUGAGGCCCUUCAUUUCACUCAGAAUCAGUGACCACUGACUGCUGACCUUUAACAAGAGUUGCAGGAAGAGGCUAAAAUGGAACUAGAGGAACAGGCAGCCACAGGAGAAUCUUCCUCCUCCUCUUCGUCCAUACUUGAUGUCUCAACAUCAUCAAAGAGAAAGUCUACUGGUUCUGCUCGUCUUCGUCGUAGGUCUCCUCAUUCUGCUCCCUCGGCUUUGAUCCACAAUGUUCUCAGUGCAAUCGAAUCUGAGUAUACAACUUCUAGCACUGCUGGUUCUCCUGGAGAGCACGAUCAGCAUGGUGGACAACACGACCAAAAAUCCCACGUAGACCUCAACCGCUAUCUAUACCAGCAAGGUUCUUUCCUAGUGAAGCACGCGGAACAGUCGUGGGAAGGCUACGUGUGUCGCUUGCGCGGGUCUCUGUCGAGAAGUGUUCUAGACCAUUUCAAACAGUUUUUGGUGGAACAGCAAGCCAACCAGGAGAAGUUUCGUUUCAAUUGCCCCACUACUAUCGAAGUGCAAGUGAGGACAGCAGCAGGAGGAAGAGGAGGAGGAGGAACAACUUCUACAGACAGCUCAGUUAUGGUCAGCAUUUAGUGUCCAUCUUUCUCGGCAUCUUGGUCCCCUUUUUCCUUGUAUUCUCAUGAAAUACAAGGAAACGGGGGUCGAGAUGAGGGGACCAAGAUGCAAGCUAGCAGACUCCAACUCAGGGUCCUCAAUUACAUCCUCAUCUAAGCCAAGAUCAACAUCAUCUUUCACCAUGAACGUGUUUGAUUCCAUGUCAAUGCCAGCGAUGAAAGGAGCUGUUUAUUCCGAGUUUCUUCACAGGAGCAAGAAUGAGGAUCUGCGAGGUGAUCGACGUAGCGGAGGACCUCGACACUUCAGAUUGCUUCAAUAUCGCUCACAGGAGAACAAGGGGCAUGUAGUAGGACAUUCUAGUGCUUCAAGUCCUAAGAGAGAUGAAGAUGAAGAGGAGCUUGUAGAGAUAGAGGAUCAUGAGGACGACGAGGACGAAAAUACUGCAUCAGAAUCGUCACACAAGCGUGGCCCUCCAAGUCCAAGAACAGUCGGGAGUCUUUCUCUCCCACCUCACUCCUCUCUCGUCUUAGAUAUCAGCUACGACGCAGGUGCUAGCUCUUAUCGAAGCGCCACAUCUAGCUCCCAAGAAGAUGUGAACUCUUUCACACCAGGCGAUCUAGUAGUAUUCCCCGAUCUGCCAGACAAAUCCGGCUUACGCGGAGUUCCUGUGGAAUUCCUGGCUGUGCACGAUGAUGAGACAGAAGGGAGGGUCUAUACAGUGCGACAACGGGGAAAAAUGGACGCAGUUGGCGGGAACCUUCAGGACUACGUCGAGAUACGCACAUCGUCUCGAGUGAUUCCAGCAAGUGGAGCACCAUCUACGCAUGUGCGACGAGGGAAUGGAAGAGGGGCGAGGGACCAUGAAGAUGUUAUGAUGGGUUCACAAGGCAUAGGCACAAGUGAAGCGACAGCAGACAAGAUCUGUGGUUGCAUAUCCUCACUCUUUAUUACUCGGUUUUGUAGCUCUCCUAUGGAGGAGGUACUACUUAACUGACUGGCCUCACGCAAAGACUUAUAUUGCUUUAUACGAGGCGCCAUGAUGACAUAGGCAUGAUUUAAGAAAUUUCCAUUUGUAAUUUAUCGGAGUGGUCAGAGCUUUUCUUCAUUCAACCGAACGCAGACUUGGAAAAGACCUAUGACCGUACGCGAGCUGGCGGCGAUGAUCAUAGGGAUGGAGGCGGUAGUGGAGGGUCGAGCUGA